UUGCCUGAACAGAGUGGCUGUGCAGAGAGGAAGUGAAAGUGUCCGCCUACAUAAAUAAGCCAUAGAGCAGUCCCAGCCCACAUACGGACCCCAACUUGCCGCUCUCCACUGCACCCACAGCCCUGGCCGCACACUCAGCCCUCUACCACAGCAAUGGCUCAGUCACUGGCCCUGAGUGUCUUUGUCCUGGUCCUGGCCUUCUGCACCCCCUGGACCCAAGGCAGUGAUGGAGGCGCACAGGACUGUUGUCUCAAGUACAGCCUAAGGAAGAUUCCUGCCCAGGUUGUGCGCAGCUACCGGAAGCAGGAGCCAAGCUUAGGCUGCCCCAUCCCAGCUAUCCUGUUCUCACCUCGGAAGCGCUCUCAGGCAGAGCUAUGUGCAGAUCCUAAGAAGGCCUGGGUGCAGCAGCUGAUGCAGCGUCUGGACAAGCCACCAGCCCCACGGAAACAAGUCCCAGGCUGUAAGAAGGAGAAGGGGACCCCCAAGUCUGGCAAGAAGAGGAAGGGCUCCAAAGGCUGUAAGAGCUCUCAUCUGCAUUCCUAGGACUGAGCAACCAGACUCCCCAAAAGGGCCAUAGCCCAGUGACCAGCCUGGAGCCCGGAGGCCCUCACCAGCCUCACCAGGGCUUGGAGCCCCAAUCCAAGGGGCAAGAAGUAGGCUAGGGAAGAGCGGAGCCCCAGGAGCCCCAGAGUGGUCCCCUUAUGUGGGCCCUGCCGCACCCCUUCUCCUGCUUUAACCAUCCCUUCAGUAUUCCCAGCCCUACCCUGCAUGGCUGAGCUGCCCACACCAGGCCAGGCCGAAAGGCAGAGGUGGAGUCUCUCAGGGAGUGUGAGAGGAGGCAGCAGGACUGUCUCCACCAAGGAAGGACCAGCCAGCACCCUGGGCCUGACCCUGCUCCCCACUGCAGCCCCCUCUUCCUUAUAAAUAUGACUUAUACCUAACUGAAUAAAAACCUACUCCAGCCUCCACCCAA